CUAAAACAUAAUAAUAUGUGUAAUUUUAUUGGUGUCUGUACAGAAACUAAUCACGUGAAUAUAAUCUGGGAAUAUUGUAAUAAAGGUAGUUUACAGGAUGUGUUAGAGAACAGUGACAUGAAAUUGGAUCCGAUCUUCCAGUACUCUAUAGCAGUAGAUAUAUGCUCGGGUUUAGAUUUCCUACACAGUUCCCCUAUAAAACUUCAUGGUAAUUUAAAAAGUAGUAAAUGUUUGAUAGACAGUCGAUGGAUCUGUAAAAUAACAGAUUAUGGUAUUUCCAGAUUAAAAUUCGGUCAAUCUUCAGAUCGAAAUAAAACAGAUAACCAAAAAUUUGAAUCUUUAUUCUGGACGGCCCCAGAGUUGUUACGCUUGAGGUUAGAGGGCAACAGAAGGUCAAGGACACAGGAAGGUGAUAUCUACGCCCUUGGGGUUAUUUUAAAAGAAAUUGUGUGCAGAAACUCGCCCUAUGCCGAAGAAAGAGAUGCUGCAGCCAAAGAUAUUGUAUAUGAAGUAGCUAAGAAAGAUGAAUCCAAUCCUAAACGUCCAUUAAUCGAUUUUCAUCUGCAGCAACCACAUCAUGUGAAAUCUCAUCUGGUUUCUCUCAUUAAAUCCUGCUGGUCGGAACAGCCGGAACAACGUCCUACAGCAAAACGUGUUUUAAAAACCUUAACUAGGCUCAAUCCAUACAGGAAAACUAACGUAAUGGAUAAUAUGUUGGCGAUGAUGGAGAAGUAUUCUAACAAUCUAGAAGAAUUGGUCACAGAGAGAACUCUGCAGCUCGAGGCUGAGAAGAAGAAAACUGAUGUUCUGCUUUAUAAAAUGUUACCAAAACCUGUAGCCGACGAUUUAAAAUGUGGCAAUGUAGUUCAAGCGGAAGCAUUUGAAUCUGUGACAAUUUACUUCUCUGAUAUUGUUGGUUUUACAUCAAUUGCUGCUGAAAGUAGUCCCUUGGAGAUUGUUGAUUUGUUAAAUAAUCUGUACCAUCUAUUUGAUGCGACCAUUCAGCUUUUUGACGUCUAUAAGGUAGAAACUAUCGGUGAUGCCUAUAUGGUGGCUAGUGGACUACCUCAGAGGAACGGCGACAAACAUGUAACUGAAAUGUGUGAUAUGGCCCUUAAUCUCCUGAAGGUUGUGAUCUCUUUUAGAAUUCCUCAUAAGCCUGAAACUCAGCUCAAAAUACGCAUUGGUCUGCAUACAGGACCGGUCGUGGCUGGUGUUGUAGGAUCUACAAUGCCUAGAUAUUGUUUAUUUGGUGAUACCGUCAAUACAGCAUCCAGAAUGGAAUCUUCCGGCCAAGGUAAUGUUGGAACAGUUAUAAUUUUAAUAGAUGCAAGCAGUGAGUAA